AUGUCCACAACAACACCACCAAUAUCUCCAAGACCAAAUUUUUCGAGGUUAACAACAUUAAUGAUUGAGGGGCUUCAAGCAAAGAAUAUAACAGAUAAAGAUACAUUUAUAAAAUUCUCUGUAGAUGGGAAAAAGUUUAGAACAAAAGUGCAUAAAAAAACUCAAAAUCCUUCCUGGAGUGAUAAAUUUACAGUAACAACUACAGAAACAGUAGAUCUUGUUUUAUUUCAAAUUUAUAGUCAAAAUAUAAUUGGUAAUGAUAUACGAGUUGGUUCAAUAAAAAUACCAAUUGUAUCACCAAAUUCAAUAAUAACCACACCAUCACCAAUAAUAAUUACAGAUAUAAAGCCAAAUGGUGUUAGUGAUGAUCAAAAUAUAACAAAUACACCAACAUCAACACCAACAAUAGCAACUACACCAACACCAACAUCAACAAUAGCCUCAACACCAACACCAACAACGGUAAUAUCAGAUGUAACAUCACCAUCAGUACCUACGUCACCACCACCACCAUCAUCAACAUCAACAUCAACAUCAACGAAUGAACAAACAUUAACAAGUGCUCAAAUAUCAUCGUCACCUUCAAUUUCUAAUAAUAUGAAUAAUAUUACAAAUAAUAAUAAUAAUAAUAAUAAUAAUAAUGGUAAUAGAAAUAGCAUAAUGGUGAAUAGUAAUAGUAUUGAUGGUAUAGCAUCAAUGAAUUCAAAUUCAAUAACAUCGGAAUCAACAUCAGUAUUUGAAAUAUUUACAAUUGAUUGUUGGACACCUGUAGAUAGAGAUAUAAAACCAUCAUCAAAUUCACCUCAAAUCCUUUCAGAAUUACGUGUAAAAAUAAUGGUUAAAAUUAGGGAUAUUUAUUUUGAUACUGAUACAAAUACAAAUAGUGCUCAAUCAAUUGAUGAUAGUAGCAGUAGUGGUAUAAUAGGUGGAGGUGGAACUAAUAGUAAUAGUAAUAGUAAUAGUAAUAGUAAUAGUAAUAGUAAUAGUAAUAGUAAUAGUAAUAGUAAUAGUAAUAGUAAUAAUAGCAACAAUGUAAACAGCAAUAAUAUAAAUGGUGUACAAGCACCACCAAAAGAUUAUAAACCAGAACCUGUAAAUCCAAAAGAAAUGUCUUUUAUUGGUAAGGGUGGUAGUCAAAUUUUAAAAUUAAAAAAGAAAAUAACUUCAAGAAUAGAUAAAACAACAUCAUCAUCAUCAUCAUCAUCAUCAUCGUCAUCAAAAAAUCAAAAUCAAACUCAAAAUCAAAAUAAUGUAAAUGGUACCAAUAAUAAUAAUAAUAAUAAUAAUAAUAAUAAUAAUAAUAAUAAUAAUAAUAAUAAUAAUAAUAACAAUAAUAAUAGUAAUAGUUGUAAUAUUACACCAAGUAAUAGUGAUCAUAAUAAUAUAGCGGGUAAUCAAUCAGAACCAACAACACCACCACUACAUUCACAAUCAAUUUCAUCACAAUCAUCAACAGUAACAACAGCACCACCAUCACCUAUAACACAAAAUAAUAUAGCAACAACUACAACGACAACAACAACAACAACAACAACAACUACAGCAUCAAUAGCAGGUUCACCAAAUGUACAAACAACCAAUACAACAAAUUCUACAGGAAAUAAUUCAGGUUCAUCAUUUUUAAUAACUAAUAAUAAAGAUUCAAUAGCAAUUGAAAAAGCAAGAAAAGAACAAGAAAGAAAAAUAAUAGAGGAACAAUUAGCAAAAGAACAAGAAUCGGAAAGAAUUGAAAAAGAGAAAGCUAUGGCACGUGAAAAAUUAAGACAAUUGGAACAAGAGGAAAUUCAUAAAAAGAUUGAAGCUGAAAGAAGGGAGGCACGUAAAAGAGAGAAAGAAGAGAAAAAGAAAUUAGAAAGAGAGAAAAAGUAUGUACCAGAUAGACCGAUUGAUUAUUUCUUUGUUUGUGGUUUAUCAUCAACUAAAAAUCUUGACCCAUUGGAUCAAUUGAAUGAACAACAAUUUCAUAAUAGUCAUAGAGGUACAUCGGGUAAUACUACAACCACAAUUCUACCAUUACCAUUGGAGAAAUCUUAUAAAGGUGAACUUUUAGAUUACUACCCUCACAAAGAAGAAAAAGAUUUAAUUAAAGAAGGUAUUCUACCAAAACAUAUUUGGAUGUAUUGUUUUCCACGUGGUAUUAAUUUUAAAACUGAACAACCACAACCAUCAUUCUUUCCUUUUGUUUUAACAAAUGAAACUGGUCAACGUUUUUAUGCCUCUUGUUUAACUUUUUAUGAACAAAUUAAUGAUUCAAUUUAUCAAGAAUUACAUAAAGAAACUUUAGAUUCUAAAAAUUUUAAUAAUUUAAUUUUAAAUAAUAAUAAUAAUUUAAAUAAUAGUAAUUUAAAUAAUAAUAAUAAUAAUAGUAAUAAUAAUAAUGAACAAAAUAAUGAUGUUAAAGAAAAAGAUAUUGAGUCAUUAAUAAGAGAUUCAACAAUUUCUGAAGCAAAUGUAACUGCAAUUUCACCAACAAUUUCUUCAUCUUCUUCAAAUUCCUCACCAACUAUUGGAAAUUCUCAAACAACUACAAUUCCAACAGCAGCAGUAACAACAACAACAUCUUCUUCUUCUUCUUCUUCUUCGCCACAAGAUUCUAAUUCAAAUACUACUAAUGUAACCAAUACAACUACUACUACAACUAAUACAACAAAUAAUAAUAAUUCAACAAAUUCUUCAACAACAAUAACAACAACAAUAAUUGAUGAUUUUCCAAUUAAAUUAUAUGCACCAAAAUGUAUUUGUGUUUUAUCACAUUUUCCAUUUUUUAGUUCAUUUAGAGUUGCAUUGAAUGAAAUUUAUCAUAGAGUAUUUCAUAAUCCAUCACCAAUUCCAAUUGAAAGAUAUAUAUUCAAUUUAGUUAGUGAAAUUCAAUUACCAAGACCAGGAAAGAAUCCAGUUACCUUUAGUUUGGGUGGAUUAAAUCAAUGUUUAUUGAAGCAACCAGAUCCAUGUUUAUUACCAGAACCUGACAUCUCCUAUAGAAUGUUAUUCCUUAGUUUGGAUAUUAGAAAUGUACUUUCAUUGAUAAAGUGUUUAUUAUUGGAAGAAAAGAUUUUAAUCAUUUCAUCACAGUAUACUCUUUUAACUUAUAUUUGCGAAAUCAUUACAACAUUAAUUCAUCCAUUAGUGUAUACUCAUAUCUAUGUACCUGUAUUACCAGAGGUUUUAGUUGACAUUGCGGGUAGUACACCGUUCCCAUUCAUAAUGGGCAUUCAUAGAUCAUAUGCUGAUCGUAUCCUUUCAAAAGAAGAUCUAUUAAACGAAUUGGUAAUAGUCGAUUUAGAUAAUAAUUCAAUCAAUAUUCCAACCUCUACAAAAGAUAUUCAAUUACCUGAAAAAGAAACUCAAAUACUAAUUAAUCAAUUAAAAAAAGUUGUACAAUUUGAAAUUUUAUCAUCAGAUUUACCAAAUUUUAAUCCAAAUACAUUAUCAUCAAUUAAAACAAGUAAUAAUAAUAAUAAUAAUAACUCAAAUGAUUCAAUUAGUAAUAAAAGAUCUUCAACAACAACAACUUCAACAACAACUUCAAAUUCUUCAUCACGUAAUUCAACAACAAAUAGUCAACCAAUACCACCAUUACCAACAAUAUCAUCAAAUCCUGAUCAACAUAUUAGAUUUUCAUUUUUACAAUAUUUUUGUAAUUUAUUACAUGAUUAUAGAAAAUAUUAUAAAUAUUUAAGAGUUUUCCCUCAACCUGUACCAAUUUUUAAUAAUGAAGAAUAUAUUAAAUCAAAAGCUGUUGCGUCAAGACCAUUCAUUUCAAUGUUUAUUAAAACUCAAGCAUUCAUUUACUUUUUAGAACAACAUAGUUGGCCAACAAAGAAUUUAUUCGAUUAUCUUGUGCAUUCAAAAAGAUAUCAAAAAUUAACCAUCGAUGAAUUACAACAACAAUAUCAAUCACAAAUACCUCUAGCAUUGGGUUUAAUUGAUCCAUUCAGUGUAAAUAUAAUUCAAUCUUCAAAUCCAUCCUCAAUUAAAUCUUCACAUUAUAGUAGUUAUCAAUCAGUUUCAUAUCCAUCACAACAUAAUUCAACAUUAAAAGAAUAUUCAAAAUUCCCAUCACCUUUAAAAUUGGAUUUAUUUGGUUCAAUAACUUCUUCACCUUCUUCAACUUCUUCAACUUCAACUUCAUUAACUUCUUCAUCAACUUCAUUAUUAAAUCAAGAUCAAUUAAAACCACUUUAUGAUAUUUAUAAUAAUAAUAAUAAUAAUAAUAUUGAAUUAUCAAAUAAUAAUAAUAAUAAUAAUAAUAAUAAUAAUAAUAAUAAUAAUAAUAAUAAUAAUAAUAAUAAUAAUAAUAAUAAUAAUAAUAAUAAUAAUUUAUCAAUUAUUUCAUCAAGUUUACAACAAUUUUCAUUUAAUGAAGAUCAACAUAAAUCAUUUGUAAUUUUAAUUGAAAAAUUUUUAGAUAAGAUUUUUAGUGAUCAAGUGCCAAUUGAUGAUAUUCAACAAAUUUUAGAUGUAUUACAAUUUGAUUAUGGUAGACAUAUUUUUGGUAAAUUAUUAUUAAAUCAUCAUAAACAAAAUUAUGUUGGUUCAAAUGUUUCACAAAUGAGUUUACAUAGUGGUGGUGGUGGUGGUAGUAGUAAUUCAAAUACAAAAAGUGGUGGUAGUAGAAGUGGUAGUAUUGGUAGUAGUGUAAAUCAUAGUAAAACUAAAUUAUCAGAUUUAAUAUUUAAUUGUUUAGUUGAUAUAAUUAGAUUUACAUUAAGAGAAUGUAAUACACAAUUAGAUUUUAUAUCAUCACAAUUAUUUUUAGAAUCAAUUUUUAUUUAUCAUAGAAUUUUUAAAGGACAAAAUGAAUAUUUACAUGAAAAGUUACAAACAAAUAUUGACCUUUGGCAAAACCAAAAGUUUUGGGAAAAAUUAUUUUAUGAUCAUAUUGAAGCAAAAUGUAAAAACCUUUAUGGUAUUGGUAAUUCAAUGUUAAUAGAAAUGGUAGAAUGGUCAAUAAAGAAUGAUGAUACUAAAAAGGAAUUAAUAAAACAAGAAGAAGAUAUGGCAUUUUCAUUAUUAUCAAAUCAAACUUUUAAAAUGAUUACAUUGGGUUCAACCCCCGAUUUAGUACGUAGAUUUGUAAAUAGAAUGUGUGCUUCAGUUAAUUUGGAUUCUGAUACAAUGUUACAAGUGGUUUCAAAUAUGUCAAGAGCUAGAGAAUUAUCAGAUCUUGAUAGUACAGUUAACAAUGGUAUCAAUUCAACCAAACUUCAAGAUAAUAAUAAUAAUAAUGAAUUGGUUCAUCGUAAACAUAUAAUGAGAGAAAAAGAGGAUUCCUAUCAAUUGAUUACAAAGAUUGGUAGUGGCGGUAAAGAUUCUAAAAACAACAAGGUUGGCAAUGAAAUAUUUCAAAAUCUAUUCGAUGAAAAGGGUCAUGUUUCAUUGAAUAAAAUUAUGAAUAUUAAAUCAACUUGGGAGGAGAGUAAGUCAAGUAAAAAGAAAGAUUCAACCAAAAAUAAUAAUUUCUCAAUUAAAGAAAUCUCUGAAAGUAGAGGUGAUUAUGUGGUGAAGUUGUUCACUGGUCAUUCUGAAGGUGUUUUAUGUUCAACCAUUUCUCAGCGUGAAAAUAAUCUAUUGAUUACGGGUUCAGCCGAUUCGACAUUAAAAGUUUGGGAUGUAACAACUACAAAAUGUAUCAACACUUUAUCGGAUCAUAGUGGUUGGGUUACAACUUGUGAGAUUAUGGGUUCCGAUGGCUCCAAAUUGUUAAGUGGUUCAUAUGAUAAAACCAUCAAAUAUUGGGAUUUACAAAAAGGUCAAAAAAUUAAAUCAUUUAGAGGUCAUAAAGGUUCAAUCACUUGUUUGGUCAAUCAAGAUUCAAAUAUAUUCGUAUCGGGCUCCAAUGAUAAUAAUAUCAAUGUUUGGGAUAGUCGUAGUCAUAAACCUGCAAUCACAUUGUUUGGUCAUCAACAAGCUGUAAUGUGUUUGGUGGUUAAUGAUCAAUAUCGUGUAAUCUCUGGCUCAAAUGAUUCAAAUAUUAGAGUUUGGGAUAUCCGUACCAGUACCAGUACAAAUGUUUUAUCGGGUCAUAGUGAUUGGAUUAAAUGUUUAGAAGUUGACUCUACCGAUACUUUAAUUAGUGGCUCGUGUGAUGGUAGAGUUAAAGUUUGGUCAUUGGAUAAUGGUGAAUGUAUUAAAACUCUUCAAUCUCAUAGUGGUAGUGUAAAUUCAAUCUUGGUCUAUGGUAAAGUUGAUACCGAUGGUACAACUGCUCCAAAGAAAUUCUUAACUGCAAGCUCCGAUUCAACUCUAAAAGUUUGGGAUUCAAACUAUGGUGAAUCCUAUCAUUGUUUAGAAGGUCACACUGAUGAAGUUGUCAAUCUUUCCAAAUUUAUCAAUAAUUUCGUGGUUUCUGCUUCCUUUGAUGGUACCGUUAAAUUAUGGGAUGUUGAUAAUGGAAAAUGUAAAAGAACACUUUAUAAUCAUUCAAAUCGUAUAUCUUCUUUAACAACUUAUGAUUCUUCAAUUGUAACUACUUCUUGGGAUAAAAAUGCUAAAAUUAUUCAAUUCAAUUUAGAUUUUAGAGGUAGAUAA